AAGAUAAGGCUGCCAUAAACUUUGCUCACUUGGCCGAAAGAUAAGCCAGUAAUCCAUCUCGUGGGUCCUACCUGCGAUUUUCUCCCGCCCACAUUGCGGUGGCGAGGCAAAUGAUACCGUUCGGUUCAUCGUCUGAACCUCUAUGAUUUCCAUGGCUGCCUCGGCUACUUCAGUUGCACUUUUGCCGGCGAAAUCAGUAUUCAGAGGGCGUGUUGAGCCGUCGAGAUCGAAGUUUCUCGCUUCACGCUCAACAUCGUCGGUUCCAUGUCAAUCCGCUUCAAUUUCAUCAAGCUCUUAUCGGCGCAAACCAUUGGUGAUUUUGGCGUCGGUUUCGACUUCGGAUCCUCAAGUUCGAACGGGUCCAGAUCAUCUCGUUGCGUCCAUCCUCUCGAAGGUGACACAAAGUGAUAGAGGAGUUUUACUAACUGAAGAAAAACAUAAAGAGGUUGCUGAAGUGGCUCAAGAAUUGCAAAAUUACUGUGUAAACGAGCCUGUUAAAUGCCCUCUCAUAUUUGGAGAUUGGGAUGUAGUGUAUUGUUCUGUACCGACAUCGCCUGGGGGUGGAUACAGAAGUGCAGUGGGUCGCAUUUUUUUCAAGACAAAGGAAAUGAUUCAGGUUGUUGAAGCUCCUGAUACUGUAAAAAACAAGGUGUCCUUUUCUGCUCUUGGGUUCUUGGAUGGACACGUCUCCUUGACAGGUAAACUGAAGGCACUGGACGAUAAAUGGAUUCAAGUUGUGUUCGAACCACCAGAACUGAAAGUUGGGGGAUUUGAGUUUCGAUAUGGUGGCGAAAGUGAAGUAGAACUCCAGAUUACGUACAUAGAUGACAAGGUUCGACUUGGGAAGGGAUCUAGAGGUUCAUUAUUUGUUUUUCGGAGACGAGUUUGAAGCUACUAAGUUAAACUGAGAUUAACGCUUAUCUCUAUGCUAUUUUUGUACCUCGAGAUUCUCAUAUAAAAAGCUACAGAUUAAUAUUAUUAGAGAUUAGUGUUUAUUAUUGCAGAUUGCUUGGAUGAAUGUUGGGUUAAACUGUAUAUUUUAUCUUUGUAACUCAUCAGGUUUAUUUGAGAUUCGUAAUAGACAGAUCAAAAUGACCGAUCAGAAGUAGUGGUUUUUUAA